AUGAUUUUGCAAAGGUGUUGCAUAGCGGGCGGAAAUUCGUGCAAACGAAGGGAUGUAAAGGUAUCAGCGGCGUGUAGAAGCAGGACCACCAUAACAAGCCAUAGCCGCAGCAACGUUGGCUCAGCUCUUUAUGAGCGUGAGUACAUCACAACACGGCAACAUCGUUAUCUUCGACGUAAUGGCAUCGUCCACAGAGCAAUGGGUUCAGGGCGAUAUGGUCGUAGUUCAACAAAGAACGAGGUUUCAGAAGCCCAAUCGAAUUCAAAUGAUCAGUUAGCGUUGGGAGAAAUGUGUAUGGUUUUGCGUCAUGGAAGUGCUAGACGACGACGUGCUGUUAUUAUAGAUAAAAGACCAGCAGAAAGAGGAACAGGAAAUGAGUAUUACGUACAUUACGAAGGGACAGAUCGACGUCUUGAUGAAUGGGCACAACGUAGUCAGAUUCAGAAAGUUCUUGCCCAAAGAAAUACAUCAGUCGAUGAUGGUCGGAGGAAGAUAACAAGAGUACGGAAGAGGAAGCAUAUCGAGAUGAUCGAGUCUCCUAAUCCACACUCCAGUAUAAAGGAUGCAAGGACAGCACUUGAAAAAGAGCACGAAGAGGUUACUAGAGUGAAACAUAUUGAACGCAUCAGAUACGGGAAUUAUGAAAUCGAUACGUGGUAUUUUUCACCUUAUCCGGAUGAUUAUGGGAAAGCACAUAGCCUUUACAUAUGCCAGUACUGCAUGCGGUACAUGAAGUUCGAACGAAGCUAUCGCAUUCAUCUGCUUGAAUGUCGAAGAAAAGAACCACCAGGCAUUGAAAUUUAUAAAGAGAAAUCAAUGUCUGUUUACGAAGUUCUCGGUAGUAAUGACAAGGUAUACUGUCAGUGUUUGUGUCUUCUGGCGAAGUUGUUUCUGGAUCACAAAACGCUUUAUUUCGAUGUUGAACCUUUCCUAUUCUAUGUACUUUGCGAGGUCGAUAGUCGAGGUGCUCAAAUGGUGGGUUAUUUCUCGAAGGAGCAAGGCAAUCCCGACGGAAAUAAUCUUGCUUGCAUUUGUAUACUUCCUCCUUUUCAGCGAAGUGGUUAUGGGAAGUUCCUUAUCCAGCUGAGCUAUGAAAUUUCGAAACGAGAGGGCUUGAUUGGUUCACCUGAAAAACCAUUAAGUGAUUUGGGCAAACUGAGUUAUCGGUCUUACUGGUCAUGGGCAGUUCUGGAAGUGUUAAGAACUUGUUCAAAAAUUUCGAUAGCAGAUUUAAGCCGAAGAACAGCUAUUCAUGUGAGUGACAUUAUUGAAACACUUCACUAUCUCAAGUUGACACGUUAUUGGAAAGGCGACCAUGUAUUAUAUGUCACACAGCGAUUUCUCAUACACUGCUGGAAAACAGGUGUUGUGAAAAAACCACGUUUGUUGUUACGACCUCGACUUUUGCGAUGGCAGCCACGAUAA